AUGGAGGAGGGCGUGGAUAGCCCGCCCACCUCCAAAAAAAGACCACGACGGCCUGAUGAUCACCAGAACGGAUCUGGUCUUGGCGGCGGAGGUGAUGAUUGUGGUUUAUGCAUUUUAAACGAUGGUAGCUCUACAACAGUUAAUUAUCCUAGACAUAAUCCCUCAGCAAUAGAUGUAAGUUUUAUAAGUCCCCAGUUGGCUCCAUUCUGUGAAUGGUCAGUAUAUGAUGAUGCUAUGGGUAGUUAUCACUACCCAACUAUCACAAAUAUUACUAUAAACCCUGAAAGAUAUACAGUAAUAUAUGGUACAGAAAAAUUUUUGUAUAAUAAAACAGAUUGGAAUAAGUAUGCAGAAGUCUCUAAUAAUGUCUUUCAAGACAUGAUAGUUAGUAAAGAGAAUCCAGUUGCCUCUUAUGAGGAGUUUUGUAACAGACUUAAUAAGCUUAAACAAAUGUGUGUUCCUAAAUUUACUAAAACCAACUUUAGAGGCAGACCACCAGCGCCCUGGUGGAAUAGUACAUGUGAAGAGGCUGUUAUAAAAUCUUACAACGCACUUAAACUUUAUAGAAACGAUCCCACGGUAGAUAAUUAUAUAAAUUAUAAAAGACUAGACGCGCUAAAGAAACGCACUAUAAAGGAGCAAAAACGAAUUAGUUGGAAUAGUUACUGUAACAGCUUUAAUAGAACUACUCCCAUUAGUCAAAUUUGGAAUCUCAUUAAAAAGUUUAAGGGUGUCAGAACUGGUAAUAAGUCGUAUAGGGAUGAUUUUGUGCAACCAUUCUUAGACAAACUAUCUGAUAAUACAAAUUUAGUAAACUCCAAUUCAUUAAAUGAUUAUUUUAUAUCUAACAAUGAAAACCCUCAAUCAAGAUUUCUUUUAGAACCUUUUUCAUGGUCCGAAUUUAUAAUGAGUUUACAAUCCCGUAAAAAUACUAGUCCCGGUUUAGAUGACUUUCCCUAUUUAUUAAUAACAUAUUUACCUGAAUCCAUAAAAUUAAUAUUUUUAAAUGUACUUAACAGUCUCUGGCAUAAGAAAUUAAUUCCAACAUCAUGGAAGACUCAAUGUGUUAUUCCAAUUCUUAAACCAGAUAAAUCACCAGAAAAUGCAAGUUCUUAUCGUCCAAUCUCACUAUCAUCGUGUCUUGGUAAGAUAUUUGAAAACAUGUUGAAGACUCGCCUCGACUGGUAUGCGGAAUCAAAUACUAUCAUCCCUCACAUUCAAUAUGGAUUUCGUAAAGGAAGAAGCUGUGCAGACAGCUUUAUUUCUCUAACAAAUGAUCUGAAAAAUGCGAAAAAUAAUAAGAUACAUACAGUUUGCGUAUUUUUAGAUGUCCAAGGGGCCUUUGAUAGUGUAGAUCCUGGCAUACUGGUCAAGGUACUAAGUAAUGCUGGGAUACCAGGACAGUUGUGUAAAUGGAUCUAUGAUUUUCUAAGUAAUAGAGUUCUAUAUGUUAGGCAUAACAAUGUUCUACAUGGACCCAGAAUUGCCUCAAAAGGUACCAUGCAAGGUGCAACUUUGUCACCAUUGUUAUAUAACUUGUACACAUGUGAAAUAUGUAAAUAUGUAGAUACCAAAAAUGUAAAUAUACUUCAGUUUGCUGAUGAUUUAGUUUUAUACAGUUCGGAUUUAAACUUAACAUUAGCUGUAGAAAAAGUAAAUACUGGAUUAAGACAAUUGAAUAACUAUUACCAGCACAGACUAAACUUAAAAGUAAAUACUAUGAAAAGUAAUGUCAUGAUAUUUGGAAAAGACCUACCAAUGAUAAAUGUUACUUAUAAUGGUGAUGUUAUACAACAAGUAAGCAUUCUUGUCUAUGUCAGGGAAAAGAUGGCCGAAUCAAUUGAAAAGAAAGAAUUUGACAACUCUUUAAAACCAAUGAAAAUUGCUCUCUGGAUAUCCGGAAUAGAUUUAUUCGUUCGAAAUGAAAAACCGUUAACGAGAUCGUUGUGUAGUCGGUUUAUAUUCUAUUUCAACUUUAUCUGGUUGCAUUCAGACGUCUGUGGUGAAUUUUACUGCUUCUUUUAUUACUUGACAACCAAGAAAAGUUUAGAAAAACCACUACUGAUCGCGCCCUUUAUUUUUAUGUCAGUACUAGGAACUCUGAAGGUGGCAGCGAUCUUUUACAAUAAGCAAACCGCUGUGGGCGUAUUGCAGAAGCUACGAGACUUACAUCCUCAAAGGGAGGAACCGAGAGAUCGUAGCAGCAAUAGAAAAGAAAGGGCAAAAAGAGAAGAAAGCAUAAGUUACGAGUUCAAGUUAAAGAAAAAAACAGUGAAGUUGUUGUACACAUACAGUAUAUUUAUAUGCCUCGGUUAUGUUGUUGCUGCGUCGUUGUUUGAGUUUUCUCCGUUAAUUCUAAUGGCUCGAAAUCUUCACAAGUAUGGACGGACGGAUUUGAAACUACCUUAUUUGGUUAAGUUCUUUUUCGAUCCCUACGCUGCUCCGUGGUGGCAGCUGGAAUACGUACAUCAACUAAUUUCUUCUGUAAUCGUGAUCACAAACACUUUCGCCGCUGACUCUCUUUUCUACGCGUUCUGCCUGUACGUAAAGAUGCACUUUGAAAUAUUGUGCCAACGGCUAGAAAAACUAACAGUUACCAAAACCAAAGACGCUUCUAAUGAAUUCAAAGACCUAAUUAAUAGGCACAGAGAGUUGAUUGAGUAA